AGGCAGGGAAGAGUUAAGUUUGGAAGGCUCUGCAGACACGUUGAGGGGGAGUUACCGAGCCCAGGCAGCAAAAACAUCCCGGCGCAUUCCUGGGGAGUCCUCAGCUGCCAGCAUCUGAUUAGAACCAUAUCUCUCGCCGGGAGUGGCCGCGCGGCUCGAGCUCCGGCCCGCGGCUAUUUAAGCGGGGCCACCGCGGCGCUGCGCUGCAGCCCGGAGGCUCCGCGCGGGAAGUCAUGCUCGCCUCGCACAGGCGCUAGGAGCUGGUGUGUGCCAUAGGUUAUGUUCAUCUGAGACUCAGCCAUCAGGGAUCACGUGGUAUCACUAAGUGUCUGCUGGGGCUGGGAUUUGCUGCUUGCUCUCUUGCCAUGUCCAACGAAGUAGAAACGAGCACGACCAACGGUCAGCCUGACCAACAGGCUGCACCAAAAGCACCAUCAAAGAAGGAAAAGAAGAAAGGCACUGAAAAAACAGACGAGUAUCUCUUGGCUAGGUUCAAAGGCGAUGGUGUAAAAUAUAAGGCCAAGCUAAUCGGAAUUGAUGACGUGCCAGAUGCCCGAGGGGAUAAGAUGAGCCAAGAUUCUAUGAUGAAACUCAAGGGCAUGGCAGCAGCUGGUCGGUCUCAGGGACAACAUAAACAAAGGAUCUGGGUCAACAUUUCCCUUUCUGGAAUAAAAAUAAUCGAUGAGAAAACUGGGGUAAUAGAGCACGAACAUCCAGUAAAUAAGAUCUCUUUCAUUGCUCGUGAUGUGACAGACAACCGGGCAUUUGGUUACGUGUGUGGAGGAGAGGGGCAGCACCAGUUUUUUGCCAUAAAAACUGGGCAACAGGCUGAGCCAUUAGUCGUUGAUCUUAAAGACCUUUUUCAAGUUAUCUAUAAUGUAAAGAAAAAAGAAGAGGAAAAGAAAAAGGCUGAAGAAGCCAACAAAACAGUCGAGAAUGGAAGCGAGGCUCUAAUGACUCUAGAGGAUCAAGAUAACAAACUGAAAUUGGGUGUUGACCAGAUGGAUUUGUUUGGGGACAUGUCUACACCUCCUGACCUAAAUAGUCCAACAGAAAGCAAAGAUAUCCUGUUAGUGGAUCUAAACUCUGAAAUCGACACCAAUCAAAAUUCUUUAAGAGAAAAUCCGUUCCUAACAAAUGGCAUCACCUCCUGCUCUCUUCCACGACCAAAACCUCAGGCAUCCUUCUUGCCUGAAAAUGCCUUUUCUGCCAAUCUCAACUUCUUCCCCACACCUAAUCCUGAUCCUUUCCGUGAUGAUCCUUUUGCACAGCCAGACCAAUCGACACCCUCUUCGUUUGAUUCUCUCAAACCUCCAGAUCAGAAGAAAGAGAAUUUGUGUAGUCUGUCUACUCCACUGAGUAAUGGGCCCCAAAACGGUGAUGUUGAUUACUUUGGCCAGCAAUUUGACCAGAUCUCUAACCGGACUGGCAAACAGGAAGCUCAGGCAGGCCCGUGGCCCUUUUCAAGUACGCAAAGCCAGCCAGCAGUGAGAACUCAAAAUGGGGUGUCUGAAAGAGAACAGGACGGCUUCCAUAUCAAAUCUUCCCCAAACCCUUUUGUGGGAAGCUCUCCCACAGGACUCUCUGUACCGAAUGGCAUAAAGCAGGACUUGGAAAGCUCUGUCCAGUCCUCACCACAUGACUCUAUAGCUAUUAUCCCACCUCCACAAAGUACCAAACCGGGAAGAGGCAGAAGGACUGCUAAGUCUCCAGCAAAUGACCUGCUUGCAUCGGACAUCUUUGCUCCUCCCGUCUCAGAACCUCCAGGCCAGACAUCACCCACAGGACAGUCUGCAGCCCCCCAGAGCAACCCCUUGGAUCUCUUCAAAACAAAUGUUCCUGCCCCGGUGGCACCUCUUGCGAGUCUAGGUAGUGUCCCAGUGUCCCCUCCGCAAGCAGGACCGUGGAGCCCACCCAUUGUCUUUAAUCAGUCCACUCCCAUGGUCCCGGGAGCCAUGCUGGGUAGCCAGCCUGCAGCUUUCAGCCAGCCGGUUGUUUUUGGUGCUAGCCCAGCUGUUCAGUGUUGGAACCAGCCUUCGUCCUUUGUAACCUCCACCUCGCCCUCACCCCCUGCAGCUUGGGGUUCCUCUGUAUCUGUGGCACCCAAUUGUUGGCCCACAGCAAGCUCCUUGGGGAACCCUUUCCAGAGCAAUGUUUUUCCUCCACCACCUGCUCUGUCCUCUUCCAUGCUGCCCUCGCUCGUGGUCAGCCCUCCUCAGCCACCUCCCAGAACUGCUCCAAAGGACAUCCCCAGUGAUGCCUUCACUGCCUUAGACCCGCUUGGGGAUACAGAAGUCAAAGAAGUGAAAGAAAUGUUUAAGGACUUCCAACUGCGGCAGCCACCUGCCCUGCCCUCCAGGAAGGGAGAGCAGCCUUCUUCUGGCACUUCCAGUGCCUUCUCCAGUUAUUUCAACAGCAAAGUCGGCAUUCCCCAGGAGAGUGUGGACCAUGAUGAUUUUGAUGCUAAUCAACUGUUGAACAAGAUCAGUGAACCACCAAAGCCAGCUCCCAGACAAGGUGCCCUGUCAGUUACCAAAUCUACCAACAGAGCAUUUGAGAAUCCUUUCUCUAAAGAUUCCUUCAGCUCACCACAACCCUCUACGGCUUCUCCUCAACCUGCAUCUUCUGAUGUAUAUAGGGACGCUUUUGGAAAUCCUUUUGCCUAACUCUGAACUUGGGAUGCUGACUAUCCAGAGGAAGGAGAAGAUUGGCUUUAGUAGUCAAGGACAAAGCUAAUAGGCAGACACGUGCUGUCCACUGUCCUUGUUCAGCUUUAAUGAGUUAUCUGUUGCCUUAUUUCUUAUUGCCUCUUCCACUUGUAAAAUUCCUUUCACUUUCUGCCUAGGCUAAAAGCUAAGCUGAAUCUAUGGCUUUAAGUAAAUGAAGAUCCUAAACUCUUUAGCACAAAUGUAAAUGAAGUAGCCUUCCACCACGUUCUUAUACCUGUGAAGUUCCUGCACCCUCAGAGACAACAUCACAUCUUCCGCUGUCUGGUUGGGCCAGGCAGACACUGCCGCCCAUUACUGUUUUGAGUAAAUAGCCAGCUCCUUGCUUAAUGUGAGCAUUCUGUUUCCUAAAAUUCCGGUAGAACAAUACCUUUCUUAAAAGAACUUCCUUCCAGCCAUCACUUACAGAAAAUGUUUUGAAUAAAAUGAAAGUCCAGAGUCUCCUCAGAUACUCUGAAAUCUAAUUCACCUGAGGACCUUUUUUAAAAGAUAGUUUCUCUUCUUUCUGAAGACCAACUUCUCUCACAGCCAAGACUGUCCUUUUGGUAACUCUCUAGCUCUUGCAAAUAAGGGGAAAAACAUUCAUCUCUUUACCUUUCUCCUCUGAUUCUUUUUUCAGUCUCUUCCUGGUUCAAGUACCCCUCCCCCUCCCAGGCUAUUUCAUUCAUUUGUUUGUUUGUUUGUUUGCUUCUUGUUGUUGGUUUUACAAACCAUAGAUUUUCAUGGGGUUAAAACAAUAUCAAAUGAUUCACAGAUCUGGAAUCAAAUGGUUCACAUACCUGGAACCUGUCUUUCUCCUGAGUAAUGCUAGUCCCAGUAACUACAUGUGUAUACCCUAUAACCUUCCCUGGACCGGGGGACCAUCCUCAGGCUGAAGUUCAUAACAGCAGUGAAUGUGAAAGAAAAUUUGAGCUCCACUCAACACUGAAGGACCGUGCUCUACAGAGCAGCACAUGUGACUGUGCCCAACACCCUGGUGCUUAUUGGUGGGGGAAGUCAUGCCGGACCUUCAUCAAGUAACUGGAAAACUUUCCUGAGGCCAUGCUUUCAUAGUUAGCAGGAAGAUAUAUGGGAGGGGAGAAGGUGACAAACAAAUAUUUGGGGUUAUCAUCAAAAAUCUAAUGCCUGCAAUAUUUUUCUCCCAUAACCUUGGAAACUUUCCCAGUUCAUUUUCAGUCCUAUUGUUAGCAUAGUUCUGAGGGAUUUGUUCUUGCCAAAA